AGCAUUUUGCCGCUGCUGCAGAAAUUGAGUCUCGUAAAAUAUUUUUUUCCAAUUUUCCACGAGAAAAAUCGCGUAAAACCCCGUAAAUUUGUGCAAAAGUCGAAAAAUUGCUGUUCACGCUGCCACUUUGACCGAAAUUUUGUGGGAAAUGGGCGGAAACACGGACAAAACGAUGGAAAACAUGAGCGAAGCCGAAUUGCUGAAUCAGUUGAAGAACAGUUGUCGCCUGUGUCUUUCGGAGUCGCAAUCUCGUGUGCAUUUGCUUACCAAAGAGCGGCACGGCAUGACAUUGAUGGAAAUGGCAAAUUCGUUGACGGGGCUGCAGAUUAACGAGUUCGAGGGAGCCAAAUCGCUGAACGUUUGCUUGAAUUGUGCCGGAAAAGUCGUGAGUUUGCAUGAGUUUCGCGAAGUUUGUCAGGUUUCUGAUAAAAAAUUGAACGACAUGGAAGUGGCUUUGCGCCUGAAACGCAUGAAAAAAGGUCACGCCAGCAACACUGAACUCAAUUUGGAUGACGACAUGCAGAUUUUCUACGUUUGCAAGGUGUGCAAAUUGUCCUUCAACGACAGCCAACUCGAGGAAUUCAAGGCACACAAAGCGCAGCAUAUCACAAAUGGCGAAAUUCCGUCGCAAUCGACGCCCAUUAAGCAAGAGGAUGGACACAAGAAGUCAUCGCGUAAGAGAAAAUCGAUGAUCGAAGCUUCGACAAGUCUCGUUUCCGCAUUGUACGAUUGCGGCAGUUGUUCCAUGCAUUUUCCAACUUUCAUGAGUCGUCAAAAGCAUUUGGCGGAAUUUCAUGCGAACGACGUGAAAACUACUUUGGAAAAAGUGUCGAACGGGGUCGUUGACAAAAACGAGACUUUUCCGACGUCGAAGAAACGCUCGCGUCGGGCACGGGGAAAUCGAUCGCCUGUCGUUGCAAAACACUCGAGCACCCCAAAAGUUGGAGGAAAGGCAUAUAUUUGCGAAAGUUGCGACCAAACGUUCCCCAAUCACAAGGGUUUGUACUGGCAUCGUCUCAAAACGCACGGACUUUUCCGAAAAUUCAAGAGCUCGAACAAAGUAGCUGCCACCAAAGCAACGCCGCCGCCGCCUCAUUUGUCGCCCAAAGAGGUCAAAACGGAGCAAUACGAGUGUCGGUACUGCGACAAAGUCUUCGAUAAGCGCUACUCGAAGUACAAUCACGAACGAGUUUGCGCCAAAAAUGUCCGCGAAGACGAAUCUGAGGAGGUAAUUGAGCAACCGGCGCCUGUCGAGCCUGUCGUUGAGCUAAAUGAAGACGAAACCUUUGCCGAUGGCGGUGUCCUGAAGUGCAGCCGGUGCCCCGACGAGUUCUCCAGUGGUCGUGCACGCUCCUUGCACGAAAAGAACGUCCACAACCUGCAAAUUAACGAGUGUCGGGUAUGCGGAAAAGUCCUUUCGGGCUAUGCAUCGCGGUAUCAGCACGAAAAACGAUGCGCCGCAAAAGAUUCUUCCGCUGCGUUCGAUCAAUCGCACGGAAAUGACGCCGACGACGAGGAAUCCGAUGUUCUCAAUGGAGCCCUGACAUCCGGAUUUCAAGCUGCAUUCGCCCAAAGUUUAUAAGUUAGUGCCUUUCAAAGAUUUUUUGCACCUUUAGUUUGUAGUUUGCUCACGAGCAAAGCAUCUCACGACCGAAAAAUGAGUAGAAAGUUUAUUUUAUACCGCGAGAAAAAUAUAUUUUGACGGAAAAUGUUGAAGAGAAAUUUAAAUAAGAUGUAUUCAAAGUGUAUUUAGUUGAAUAAAUAAAGAAGUGUAAUAGAGAAAAGAAUUUAUUUUCGUAAAA